GUCCAUACAAUAUUCAACAUUACACGAAAUAUUCUAAAAGUAUUAUUUUAAACGAAUUUGUCGUAAGCAUAAAUAAAAAAUAUACCACCCUAUCUAACGUUUAUGUACACUGGCAGUAGUAGAAUUUAGGUAGUUAAAUGGAUGAUGUUUAAUACUUGUUAUUAAUUGUAAGAAAAUUUGCCGACUAUGGCACGCAAGUAUUUGUCGGAAGAAAAGACGGAGAUGUUGAUCAUGAGCCAACAAGAAGCGGUUUCGUAUUCCCGAAGAGAUAUCUCGUGCCAUCUGUAGUUGCGAAAGAAAUCCAAGUAAUGCGUUUAUCAGCGAACUGACGAGGACUCGUCCGUCGGGUUCAAAGUAGGCAGAGUAUCUGAUUCGAGGUCCCGUCAAACCCUGUGACCUUUCGUAGUUUGUGGUGAACUUCAUGUGCGCUUGACCGUGGAACUUGCUUGGUUUGUCCACCCACUUACAUCUCGCCGCUACGCUUACCUCUCGUGAAACAUUAUUUCGAGCGAAAUUCAACAGAUCCAGUAAUAAAAAUGACAAUACUUUGUACUGUCAGUGACCUCUGAUAAACCUCUGAACGCAACAUGCUCUCGAAGACUAUGAUAUUCUCUCACCGAACUUGAAUGGAUCUCGUGGCCGUAAAUUAACGUGCAACGAAUUACAAUCGGACCAAUCUUGAUAUUUAUCUCGAAACGACCUAAUCCCUAUUAUCGUAACAACUCAAAGAUCAAAGAGGGGUCAACAAAAUGUCAAGAGAACGUGCAUCAAGGAGAUUUUACCGUGUAGACAGCAGCAAUGAUCUGCUGGAAUUUAUGGAUCGUGGAUAUACAGCACAACACGAGAACCGAUGGACUUUUGAAGUUGCAUGGGAGGCUGCUAACAAAGUUGGCGGUAUAUAUACCGUAAUAAGAUCCAAAGCUUAUGUCUCAACUGAAGAAAUGGGAGAUCAGUAUUGUCUUAUUGGCCCAUAUAAAGAAACUUCUGCCCGUACAGAAGUUGAAGAAGGAGAUUUCCCACGUAAUAGUCCACUGCAUUUAGCUGUUCAAGUACUACGUGAUCAAGGAUUCAAAGUGGUAACAGGAACAUGGCUGGUGGAUGGAAAUCCGCAAAUAAUACUCUUCGAUAUUGGGAGCGCGGCAUGGAAGUUAGACGAGUACAAGCAGGAAUUAUGGAACACCUGUCAUCUUGGUAUUCCUCAUCUUGACAUAGAGGCGAACGAUGCAGUUAUCCUUGGAUAUCUCGUUUGUCAAUUUAUUUCUGAAUUCAGAAAAGCUGCCGAAGGAUAUUCCGAUGUUCCACCUCGUGUAGUUAUCCAGUGUCACGAGUGGCAAGCGGGUGUCGGCUUAAUCGCUUUAAGAACUAGACACGUGGACGUUGCUACAGUUUUCACUACGCAUGCUACGCUUCUUGGAAGAUAUCUUUGCGCAGGAAAGACUGAUUUUUAUAAUAAUUUGGAUCAGUUCAAUGUUGACGAGGAGGCAGGAAAACGGCAAAUUUACCACAGAUAUUGUAUGGAACGUGCAGCUUCACACUUAGCGCAUGUGUUUACAACUGUUUCGGACAUAACUGGUUUCGAAGCCGAACAUUUACUGAAACGAAAACCCGACAUAAUCACGCCGAACGGGCUCAACGUGAAGAAAUUCGCGGCAUUGCACGAAUUCCAAAAUUUGCAUGCCGUUAGCAAAGAGAAAAUACACGAGUUUGUUAGAGGUCAUUUUUACGGUCAUUACGAUUUUGAUCUGGAUAAGACUUUGUACUUCUUCAUUGCUGGACGUUACGAGUUUGGAAAUAAGGGCGCCGACAUCUUCAUCGAAGCUUUGGCCAGAUUAAAUCAUUAUUUAAAGACGUCUAGACCGGACAUGACUGUAGUUGCUUUUCUCAUUUUUCCAGCACGAACCAAUAAUUUUAACGUAGAGUCAUUACGAGGUCAUGCUGUCACUAAAUCGUUGAGAGACACCAUCAACGACAUACAACAGAAAAUUGGAAAACGCAUGUACGAAUUAUGUUUGUCCGGUCGUAUGCCCGACGCUCAAGAUCUUUUGCAAAAGGACGACACUAUUAAAAUCAAACGUUGUUUAUAUGCUCUACAAAGAAAUGGUUUACCGCCGGUUACCACGCACAACGUAGUAGACGAUUGGAAUGACCCGGUACUGAACGCUAUCAGAAGAUGUAAUCUUUUUAAUACUGUUAACGAUCGCGUGAAGAUAGUUUUUCAUCCAGAGUUUCUGUCGUCGACGAAUCCACUAUUCGGGCUCGAUUACGAAGAGUUUGUUAGAGGGUGUCACUUGGGAGUGUUCCCAUCCUAUUACGAACCUUGGGGAUACACGCCCGCGGAAUGCACAGUCAUGGGUAUUCCUAGUAUCACUACCAAUCUAUCCGGAUUCGGUUGCUUCAUGCAAGAGCAUAUAGCUGACCCGAUGAGUUAUGGUAUUUACAUUGUGGACAGGCGAUUCAUAGGCUUGGAAAAUACAGUUCAGCAACUUGCUCAAUACAUGUUCGAUUUUGCACGACUUAGUCGUCGACAGCGUAUCAUUCAAAGAAAUCGCACGGAACGCCUCAGCGAUCUUCUUGAUUGGAGAAAUCUUGGAAUCUAUUACCGUCAAGCCAGAAUAAAAGCGUUGAUAAAAGUUUAUCCAGAACUGGCCUCGGAAUAUGCCGAAGGUGGUGUAGGUCGUUUCAGUUAUCCAAGACCCAUCAGCGAACCCCCAUCGCCUUCUUCUUCGCGGCACACCACUCCAGCCGCUUCGGUUCACGGUUCCGACGACGAAGAUGAAGACGAAGACGAAGUUGACGAUGAAAAAGAGCUAGAAGAGCUGCGCCAGUCGAACGGAAGAUAAAAGGCUGAAUAGAAUGCGAUGAAUUGAUAUGUACACUAGCGGAUUUUUGAGACUUUGCGAUGGUAGUGCCAAAUAUUUUGCUUAUGCGUACCUUCACGAACAGUUGCUCCAUCGCAUUCUUUUAUUAUUUAAUUGUUCCACACAUUACUCUCUGUCACUUCCAUACUAUGCAUUCGCGUAAAGCUCAAACAUGACAAAACAUCAAUAUGUAGAACAGUAUUUACACGACACGCAAAAUCAUUACCAACAACAGUCUUCCAUCGAUCAAACUCCCGUGUAAUAUUCCAUACAUCAAAUGAUAUUGUUAUAUUUUGAAAACUAUAUUUCAUGUUAUGCAUAUACACAUAUGUAGUGAGUGGAAUGUGUUCCUAUUGUAUAGACGCGGUUAUAUUUUUAUGAGAAUUAGUAUAUGAAUAAAAGUUUCAUAACA